AUGAGCUACGCAGACGCCAACCGUCGUUAUUUCGAUGCCAUCUCGGAUUCGUAUGACUCGAAGCCAUGGUUCGCGAAAACAAAUAAUCUCGUUACCGAUGCCCUGCGCUCAGACCUGGCGUGGAUCGGCGUUCCGCUGGGCGCAGGAGAAGCAAGGACCGCGGAAAUCCGCUUACUGGAUUAUGCCUGUGGCACGGGGUUGAUGACGAGGGUCUUCGGGCCCUACGUCACGCGCACCACGGGCAUCGAUAUAUCGCCAAACAUGGUCUCGACGUACAACCAGCGCGCACGGGACGUAGGACUCGCACCGGACACCGUCAGCGCCGUGGUAGGCAACCUCUUCGACAAGGCCGAUGCAAGCCCAGCCUCGCUUUCCGGGCCCGAAUUCUGGAACUUUGACCUUGCCACCGUGGGCUUUGGGUUCCACCAUUUUGAAGAUGUCGUGUUUGCCGCGAGCCAGCUGCGCGAGCGCCUCAGGCCCGGCGGCGUGCUGCUGAUUAGCGAUUUUCUCGAGGGUGGGGAUGUGCUGGCGGAUGAGAAGGGGGAUAUGAUUGAGGGGAGUGAGGGUAAUCAUGCUGUGCAUGACCAUCAUCAUCAUCAUCACCACCAUGGACACGGGCAUGGACAUGGACAUGGACAUAGCCAUGAGCAAGAUUCCGGCUCAAAAAAGCACGACUCCGCCCACGACUCCUCCAACGAAAAACACGACGUCUCCGAUACAUCCGCGUCAUUCCAGCGCAAAAUGGCCGCCUCAGUCGUCGUCCCGCACUUCACCAAGUCAGGCGUGCAGCAGUUCUUCACCGAAGCCGGUUUCGUCGACGUGGAUGUCAUCACCAUGAAGGAAAAGUGCUACAUGGAAUUUGCAGGCAAGAAACUAUGGCGAACUGUAUUGUUUGCGCGAGGCCGAAAGCCCCUGGGUAACUUAGAUAAUAGCAACAAUGACAACGAGAAGAGUGAGUUGUAG